UAUAGUUAUAACCCAGAUACGUACAGUACAAGACAGAGUUGUUUUUAUCAAAUUAAGUUUUCAAAAUGAAAUAUUUUGCUAUGUAAUAAAUAUGAAAAGUGUGUUUUGGUUUGGCUUUUUCUAUCGAUUUCCCCAAAAGUAAUAUUCCUUAAAAAUGAGUGAUACUUCUGAUGAAGAGUGGAGUGAAUCAUGGAUACCAUACAGCCAAAGAAGUGAUUGGAAAGAUGUGGUACCCUUGGCGCAGGAUGAUGGUGAAAAUCCAGUCGUAGAGAUAGCUUACAGUGCAAAAUUUCGCGAAAUCUUUGACUACUUUCGUGCUAUUCUUGCCCGCCAAGAGAAAUCCUCCCGUGCCUUGGAACUGACCACAGAUGCUUUACGCCUAAAUCCAGCCAAUUAUACAGUGUGGCAAUAUCGGCGAGAUAUUCUGCGUGAACUGGGAAGCGAUUUAAGCGAGGAGCUGGGGUACAUUGAGGAUGUCAUUACUGAGAAUGCCAAGAAUUACCAGGUUUGGCACCACCGUCGAGUUAUUGUUGAAAUGCUGAAUGAUGCCUCAAAGGAAUUGGAUUUGACGGAGAUGGCUCUUCGCACCGACGCCAAAAACUAUCAUGCAUGGCAACAUAGGCAGUGGGCUAUAAGCACCUUUAAUCUUUACGACGAUGAGCUGGCCUUCGUUGAUCGUCUCAUUUCGGAAGAUAUACGCAACAAUUCAGCAUGGAAUCAACGAUUUUUUGUACUCAAACAUUUUGGAUUUACAACAGAAGUCAUACAACGCGAACUUGACUAUGCUUUGAAUCGCAUACGUAUUGUUAAGAACAAUGAAAGCUCCUGGAAUUACCUCAAAGGUAUAUUGCGGCGCAGUGGCAAUGGUUCAUUGUCCCAAUUCCCCGAAGUUAUAGCAUUUUGUGAAGAACUUUACGCAAAUAAUUCCCGAUCUCCGUACCUUAUUGCAUUUUUAAUCGAUGUUUACUGUGAAAAAUGUUUGCAAACCUCUGACUUGGGUGAAAAAGAGGCACUAUCACGUAAAGUCUAUUCGCUGUGUGAUGAUAUGUCGAAGAAACACGACGUAAUUCGUCGUAAAUAUUGGCAAUAUGUAGCCGAUCAAUUAAAAUCGAAGCUGGACUCGAAGCAAUUGUAAAUAGGACAUCGAAGAUAUAAAAUUAAAGUGUUCAGAGAAUGGUCUACUUAAAAAAAGUUAACUCUACUUAUAAGGAACUUGUCAUAUUCUUUCUAAGAAUUCUAUGAAGUCAGAUUUUUUAAGUUUGUGAUCAAUUCAUUGUCUAUUUUUAAAUAAAACAAAAUGAUACUGCGUAUGUACAGGAAACAAAAGAA